AUGUCGAACGGCAUGGGAUUUCAGGAGCAGCAUUCGAACCACAACGCGAACAACGCAGCAACGAUGAUGCGCGGGAAUGUCUCCAUGACCCAAAAACAAAUCGAGACUCUGAGGAUACAAAUUGCUGCUUACGAAACCCUCUCUGAACAACUCGCUGAGAAGUACAGGGCACACCGUGCCGCUCGCCAAGCUCCUCCUCAAGAAUGUGUUAGGGUUGUUUCUGUUAAGAGUUUGUUACACUGGUCUGAGGCGGUUGUAACAAAUAUACUGAAACAAAUGGGUGUGGUGUUUUCAGUGACGUCAGAGGUGGUUAAGCCGGUAAAUAUGUAUGGAGGAGACACAUCAAAGGGAAUAUUUAACAUGAAGCCGAGGUGGAGUCCAACAACUGAGCAGCUUCAGAUCAUGGAGAAAAUAUUUAAGCAGGUGACACCGAAUCCAGACAGGAAAAUGAUAAACGAAAUUAUUACUGCGGAACUCGCCAAUCAUGGAAAUAUUUCGGAGAAAAAUGUCUGUAAUUGGUUCCAGAAUAAGCGUGCUCGGUCCAAGAAAAAACAGCCCAAUGCGGUUAUUGCAAAUAAUGUUAACACUAAUGGCCGGUUGACAUCAGGAGAUAGCCGCUAUCAAAUGAAAUAA